AAAUAAUGUCACUUUCCUUGCCAAUUCCAUACCACCAUUCGCUUUAUUUCCCCAAAUCGUACAACUUAUCUUGUACCUAAAUCUUUUUUCGUGUUCUGGCACGCUAUUUUAUCACGAGAAAACAAGCCUUCUUGGUUCGAAACAUAUGGCCAAGACAAAUCGCGAAAUCAUAAGACGUAUCGAUUUUCAAAUUUCAAUUUUCGAGUCAAUUAAAAAAAAUUCAGAACAUAAAACUUAAAAAAUUACUUGUUUUUCUUUGUGAAAUCUGUUCGAAAAUUUGACAAAACCUAAACUUUUAUGGGUUGCAUACUCACUCAACAAGUUAUAAUUCUAAAGUUUCUCUCAUUUAUCUCCCCAAAAAAUGAAGACUCCCACGACGCCAAGUUCCAAAUUUUCGAAAUCUCUAAAGUUCAUUCUGGGAGCAAUAUGUUGGACAUUUAUCAUCAUCCUCUUCACUAUUCCGCUCUGCAUCCUCGCAAUUUCGAAAGUGGUGGUCAUCCUCCUCGCAAAAUUGGUGAGGAAGGAUUUGUCCUCCGUGACCACUGGGGACGCCGCCUUCACGAUAGGGUGCAGUUGGGAAAAGUCGAAACUUAGUCUCGGAUUAUUGUGCCAUGUUCAAGGUCACCUGAAACUAGAACAAGUCCAAGACCGCUUUUCAAGUUCAUUGCUCGCCCCAAAAGUUGGGAAUUGUCCAAAAUAUGAGAAAUUGUUUUCCUGCCUGGUCACCUUUUGUGGUUACGUCUUCAGCAAAACGCUGCCCCCGGAAGCCGUCGACCUGAACAAGUUAAUCUACGAGAGAAAGCUGCACCCGGGUGAAAGUCUGGAACAAGUGGUGGACGACUGGAUGGAAAAAAGAUACGGGGAGUUGAUGCCUGCCUGGGAGGUUAUGGUUAUCCCGAUGUCAAGGUCAAAUAAUAACAAUGAUGAGGUCAAAGAUGGCAUCGAGGAGACAAUCAUUGCGUUUAAAAUGCAUCAUGUUUUCGCCGAUGGAUAUUCUUUGCUUCACCUUUUGGAUAUUUUGACCAAUGCGAAGGCACCUUAUCUCGUGAAGGAAGUGAAUGAAUCGAUUUGGAAGAAGAUUUUGGACGCUAUUUCGACCCCAGUUAACCUCUUCAUGCUUGAAGGUCCUGGGACAAAUCCGCUCAAAUUGACCAAACCUCAAACCAAAUGGAUCUACACGUUCACCACGGUCGAUUUGGCCCCAAUGAAGGCCAUUCGUGCCAAGUAUGACGUCCACUUUGCCUCCAUCAUGCUCUCCCUAAUCGUCGGAUCGAUAAGACAAUAUCUGCUGGAAAAAGAGAAAGAGUUACCGGCUAAUUUAUCUCUGGUGGACACGCUUCCCUGUCAACUUCAUCCUUCUCAAAACCACAUUUUGUGUAAUCAUUGGACAAUUGGAAUUAUAAAGUCUCCCCUCGCCGCGGAUAACCCACUCGAACGGGUCAUCGAGACGGAAAAGAACUUUCUCCGCUUUCAUGAAGCUGGUCUUCAAAAGGUUGCUGUCAAUUAUUUGUUCCCCUUCGCGUGGCUGUUUCCGCAGUUCAUGGCAGAGAAAGUGUUGCAAAAGGAUAGGAUAGGUUUCAACCUGGGUUUGACGUCUUUAGUGGGGGCAAAUAAGUACGAGUUUCUGGGACAGCGAAUUAAAAUGAUAUAUCCGCUCCUCACUUUGAUUGAUUCGCAUCCAUUUACAGUAUUUUCCUGGUUCACUUUCUCCCACUCGGACAAAGUCGAUAUUACUCUGGGCGCCGCGUCGGACUUGUUUCCCUGUCGAAAUUCGCUCUCCAAAAUAACAGAGGACUAUUUUCACACGGAGUUUCGAAAUCUGUGCCUUCAAUGUGGAAUUCCUCUCAGUUCGUGAAUGUUUACUUCAAUAGUGAGCUAAUUAUGUAAUUAUUGUCCUUUAAAUCCAGACUGUCAUGUCAAAUGUGAUAGAAAUCCUUGAAAAAUAUUUGUAUAUUUGUAUAACAAAAGUGAAUAAUAAACUGGUAAAAGUGAAAA